AUGGCAGAUGGGGCGCAGGCCAACCCCAAAGGGUUCAGGAAGAAGGUGCUGGUUAGCCGCCUUCCUGGGUGGAGGGGCCGGAGCCUCAGGGCUUCUUCUCCUGCAACAGCCUCCAGGUUCAGCCUGGGUAUGAAGAAAUUCUUCGCCAUCGCAGUCCUGGCUGGCAGUGUUGUGUCCACCACUCACAGCAGCCUGUUGAACCUGAAGUCUAUGGUGGAGGUCAUCACAGGCAAAAAUGCCAUCCUGUCCUACGUGGGUUACGGCUGCUACUGCGGGCUGGGGGGCCGAGGCCAGCCCAUGGAUGAGGUGGACUGGUGCUGCCAUGCCCACGACUGCUGCUACCAGAAACUCUUUGACCAGGGCUGCCGCCCCUAUGUGGACCACUAUGACCACACAAUUGAAAACAAUACCGAGAUUGUCUGCAGUGAGCUCAACGAGACAGACUGUGACAAGCAGACAUGUGAGUGUGACAAGAACGUGACUCUGUGCCUCAAAGACCAGACAUACAGGGAUCAGCACCGUGGCUACCUCAACAUCUACUGCCAGGGCCCCACGCCAAACUGCAGCAUCUAUGACCCGCUCCCUGAGGUUGUCACCUGUGAACAUGGCGUCCCCUGGACCUCUUUCUCGCCCUAG